AUGAUGAAUUCUUCCUCCUUCCUUCUCACUGGGUUUUCUGGCCUGGAGCAGCAGUAUCUCUGGAUCUCCAUUCCCUUUUCCUCCAUUUAUGUCAUGGUGUUCUUGGGAAACUGUAUGGUUCUCCACGUGAUCUGGACUGAGCCAAGCCUGCACCAGCCAAUGUUCUACUUCUUGGCCAUGCUGGCGCUCACUGACGUGUCCAUGGGGUUAUCCACGGUGCACACAGUGCUGGGAAUCCUGUGGGGAAUUAUUCAGGAGGUCAACUUGGAUGCCUGCAUUGUCCAGUCCUUUUUUAUCCACAGUCUUUCUUUCAUGGAGUCCUCCAUUCUACUCACUAUGGCUCUUGAUAGGUAUAUUGCAAUUUGUAACCCACUGCGCUAUUCCUCCAUUCUGACUAACUCCAGGGUUGUCAAAAUUGGGCUGGCUAUCAUCUGCAGGAGUUUCUUCUUUACCAUACUUCCUAUAAUCCGUCUGAAAUUUUUCCAUUACUGUCAUCCCCACAUUCUCUCUCACUCAUUCUGCCUGCACCAGGACCUUCUCCGCCUAUCCUGUUCAGACAUCCGACUCAACAGCUACUAUGCCCUGAUGCUGGUAAUUUGCACAUUACUGUUGGACUCUGUUCUUAUCCUUAUCUCCUAUGCUUUGAUUCUCAAGACGGUACUGGCGAUUGCCUCUCAGGAGGAGCUACAUAAAUCUUUUCAAACUUGCAUCUCUCACAUUUGCUCUGUCCUUGUGUUCUACAUCCCCAUCAUCAGCCUAACAAUGGUCCACCGUUUUGGCAAGCAUCUCUCCCCUGUGGUCCAUGUCCUCAUGGGCAACAUCUACAUCCUUUUCCCGCCUUUGAUGAACCCCAUCAUCUACAGUGUCAAGACCCAUCAGAUUCGACGCAGAAUGCUCAGACUCUUCUCUCUGAAAAGAUACUGA